UUGUCGUCUCCCUUUGUCCUCGACCGUCAUGAACGCCCGCGCAGCCAGAGAGACAUAUGUUGACAGGCUCAUCGCCCAUGCGGCCUCGUACGGCGCUCGCAUCGAGCUGCAACGACAAGGAUUCAUCCCCCCACCAAUGGAGCGCCAGCAGAUCCUCUUGGCCGCACAUCAUCUAACGCAAGGGAUCCGGUCCAUCGACACCGAUAUUCAAUGGCUCGUCACCCUUCGCGCGCGCAUGGGCAGCCAGCUCGCGAUCAACGCGUCCGUUCUCGCUCCAAUUCGCCGGCUUCCUCCAGAGCUGCUGUCUCAUAUCUUCGUCCUACUCGCGAUGGAGAUAGAUCCCUGCAUGAGAGCGCACACUAUCCGCGAUACUGUGGCCCGGGUCUGCAGAGAAUGGUACACAGUUGCGCGGAGCACACCUCGCCUGUGGACCUACAUCUCGUCGACGUUGCAUGACCUGCCGCCAUCAACCCCUAGGCGAUACUCGGCGCAGGCGGCACUAGCUGGCGGUCUUCCUCUGCACCUGGAACACGGAGUAGGCGACGAGGACUAUGAAAUCGAUGACGCCCUACUCGAGUCUUUCCUUGAGGAGUUGCUACCGUACGCCUCUCGGUGGCAGUAUAUCCGCCUCAACAGCUCGGGUGCCUUCUUUGCUGCCUUCCAUGUAGGAGAGCUGAUAGCAUUGGAGGAGGCCCAAAUAUGCGUAUUCCCCCCACUUGAAAGUGGGGCCGCUGGCUUUCUCGCCGGUGCAUCUGGUCUGCGACGUCUGGUUCUCUCAUAUCAGCAAAUGGACGGCGAUGACGACGAAGAGAAUAUUAUCACAAGGCUUUCGGUGCCAGCAUUCCCACAACUCGAGGAGCUUACAGUGAUUAUAAACACCUAUAUCGAUAUGCAGCCUUUUCUAUCCUUGCUUCGCGGAUUCAGUAACUCGUUACACAACCUCUCCGUCUUUGCGCACUUCAGCGAUCCCGAGAAUGCGUACAUUCCUCCUGUCGAGUUGAUUGCACUGGAGACUGUCAUGGCAUUUAAUCAUGGCUACCGGCUACUCGACCAUCUCGUCACACCAGUCUUAGAGGAGAUCGUCAUCGAAGAUGUGUACAUCGAUGACCAUGGCGAUCCCUUCCCCCUGCUAUCCUCCUUCUCUUCGCGAGUGCACCGCUAUGAUCGACUCAAACACCUCACCAUCAUCGAUGUUUCUUUCGACAACGUCAACGGCGCCAAUUCCUUCCUCCAAUGCGCACCCGCGUUGCACUGGGUGGAGGAACUACACAUGAGGGACUCGGUCUCACUCAUGACAGAGGAGGUAUUGCAGGAGUUGACUUGUGCGAGUGACAAGGCGCCACUGCUACCAAAUCUCGCACAUUUGACGCUGCUUGGCUCGCGCCGUCCCUCGCGCGCAUGGAAGGUCGUUUUACGGGCGAUGGUGGCGUCGAGGAAGGUACCUCGCGUGUGCGCAUCGCAAACUGUCGUCGCUCUGAAGGACAUCGUGACGGACGUGGAGUACUAAAUUGACACCUAUGCCUUGCACUCGUCAUCAGGCAGUAGUGAUGCCCACUACUUUGAAUAGCUUCGGCGCCCAGAUGAUAGUAAUAACCACGGACGUUCUUCAGUACUGACAAUCUAUGUUUCAUUGUAAUGUAUUGCGAUGUAACGAGGAGUUCGAGUUCAUCCUCUGAGUUAACACAGGAAGCUUUGCAUCUAUCCAAUCAUUGGCAG